GUGGAGAUUUUCAAUCCCACCCAGUCAGACGCAGAUAGGAGGAUCUAGUAAGACUAUCCCAGGAAAAUCCACUCGGAGGAAAUUCUCAGCAGCAGCAGCAGGAGCAGGAGCGGCUGCAGCAGACACAGCAUGAGCGGGAGCAGGAGUCCGGUGGAGGAGGCGCGCCGAGGGUGAAAGGAUUAGAAGCAUCUCACUGAAAUACUGAAAAAACCCUGUCUCACGGAAUUUGCACUUUUGGGACUUCAGAAUGGAAGCCUUGUGUUUAAGAAUUUCCUUGCUGCUGCUGGUUCCAGGAUUUGCCCUCAGUGAUAGCUCUGACAGACACACUGCAAAUCGGAGUGACUUGGGAAACUACCUUUCCACUUUUUCAGGGAUCGAAUCCAGCAUCCUCCUCACCACCAGACAGCCUCUGGUGUCCAAUCAAACUGUCAAAUGCUCCCAGCAAACUAAGAUUGCUGAAACUUUUAAAUACAUUAACACAGUAGUAUCUUGUGCUAUUUUCAUCGUUGGAAUGGUUGGGAAUGCAACUCUGCUGAGGAUCAUUUACCAGAACAAGUGUAUGAGGAAUGGCCCGAAUGCACUGAUAGCCAGUCUGGCACUAGGAGACCUUAUCUAUAUUGUCAUUGAUAUUCCUAUCAUUGUGUACAAGCUCCUUGCUCAGAAGUGGCCCUUUGGAGAUUCUGAAUUUGGACAGUUUCUUUGCAAAUUCCUUCCCUUUAUACAGAAGGCAUCGGUGGGAAUCACAGUCCUCAAUCUCUGUGCACUUAGUGUGGACAGGUACAGAGCAGUUGCCUCCUGGAGCCGUGUUCAGGGAAUUGGAAUCCCUAUGAUCACUGCUAUUGAAAUUUUCUCCAUUUGGCUUCUGUCCUUCAUACUGGCUAUUCCAGAAGCAAUUGGUUUUGCUGUAGUACCCUUCAGAUACAAGGAUGAAGGUUAUGUUACCUGCAUGCUCAAUGCUACAAAUAAAUUCAUGUUGUUUUACAAAGACGCAAAGGAUUGGUGGCUGUUUGGUUUCUAUUUCUGCAUGCCACUGGCAUGUACUGCUAUCUUUUAUACCCUAAUGACUUGUGAAAUGCUAAACAGAAGAAACAGCAACUUGAGAAUUGCUCUCAGUGAACACCUUAAGCAGCGCCGAGAAGUUGCAAAGACAGUUUUCUGUUUAGUAGUAAUUUUUGCUCUUUGCUGGUUUCCUCUCCAUUUGAGCCGGAUAUUGAAGAAAAUGGUAUACAAUGAAAAAGACCCUGGCAGAUGUGAACUGCUCAGUUUCUUACUGCCACUAGAUUAUAUCAGCAUCAACCUGGCAACCAUGAACUCUUGUAUAAACCCAAUAGCUCUGUAUUUUGUGAGCAAGAAGUUUAAAAACUGUUUCCAGUCAUGUCUUUGCUGUUGCUGCUCCCAAUCUAAGAGUCUAGUGACUUCAGUGCCAAUGAAUGGAACAAGUAUUCAGUGGAAAAAUCAAGAACUAAACAAUCACAAUACAGAUCGAAGCAGCCACAAAGACAGCAUAAACUGAAAAUGAAAGACUCUGAUAUGACUUCAGAAUCAAACAGGAAAGAAUCAGUUACAACGAAGCUAUAUCAACAGGAAGCUCAGUGACUGUUCUGUAAUCAAUUCAGACAUGUGCACCCUUGUACAUAAUUCUAGACGUGACUGAGUAGGUUGACUGACUAUAACUGUGAUGUUCUGUGAACUGACAUCCACUGGAUGGUAAUUCUAUCUCUGAAAAUUAUAUUGAUGUGAUUAUGACACCAAAAAACUGACUUGAACUAUGCAGGUGGUUUGCUCUUCUGAACCAAACAGGAACUGUCCAGUGUCUGUGACUGUUACAAUAUGAUCUAUUUACCUGAUUGUCACCUAGAAUUAAUCACUCCAGAAUUUUUCAGAAGAUAUCAAAACAGAAUCUGUCUAUGACUGUAUUUUCUCUCUGCCCAUUUGUUUUUUAACUUUGUGUGGUGGAUAUAUUCCAUGCCCCAGUAUGUUUUGUGUGUGGUUAUUGUCUUCCAGGCUUAUGUUGGAAAAUGUUUUGGUCUGGACCAGUAUUUUAUUUACUUAUGUUAAAAUGGGUCAGUACAUGAACUGGGCAGUUCACAUUUGUAGCACUUCAGUACUCAAGAAUAGGAAGAGACCAUUUAAAGUAGCAUCAACAUUUGGCACUUAAGCACAGAUUAAUACCAGAAAGAGAGGUAUUAAUAAUACAGUACUAUACUGUGUUGUUUAUUCUAAUGCUCUGUAUAAAAUAAUCAUAAUAAAUAUAAUCUGUCUGAGCAGAAAGAAUGAAAGUCA